UCAGACGAAGUCAAGAGCUGCCUGCAACAGGUGAUCACCAGCCGACAGUUCCACCCAGGUCUUCUCGCCGCCGCCAUCUUGUAGUGUCCGAACGAUGAACUACAUUGUGCAGGACACCAUCCAAGAACUACGGGCCGAGAUGCAGCAAGUCCUCACCAACACCAUCGACCAACUGUCCCUGUCUCAUGACCAAACCUACGGGACUCCAGGCGAGCCAUACUACCCGAGGGACUGGCAAAAGUCCGCCGGGUGGUACCAUCCAUACUUCGACUACAGCUUUCCCGAGAAAUACGGCGAGUUCCCCGACCACCCCGUGAUCGUCAACCCGAGGACGUUCUCCCCCGUCUCGCAGCCGUACCCGUGCGGCGUCAGGACUGGCAUGUACGCGAACUCGCUGCCGGCUGUCGGCGGUGUCGGCGCCGGGCACACGCAGGGACACUACGGUGACGCUCACAUGAAGUACCGUAGCGACUUCGUUGGCUACGGGUCGACAUCGAGCGGCAGCCCGAGCCCUGCCUCCGAAGCGAGCCCGCAGUACAGUUUUGCCGACUCGCCGACGGCAAACAGAUUGGGGUGUUCUGCACAAGACUCCGAGGACGACGAGGUUUUCCACAAACCUCCGUACUCUUACAGCUGCCUGAUCGCCCUUGCCAUGAUGAAAAGCAGGACUGGUAACAUGCCAGUCACAGAGAUAUACAGUUUUAUCAGGGAACACUAUCCUUACUUCAAAACAGCACCGGAUGGCUGGAAAAAUUCUGUCCGACACAACCUGUCGCUGAACAAGUGUUUCCUGAAGAUCGAGCCUUCACAGGCGGACCCUAACAGGAAAGGGUGUCUGUGGGCGCUGCACCCCGACAAGGUGGACAAGAUGAUGUCUGAGAUCCGCAAGUGGAAGAAGAAGGACCCUGAGGCAAUCAGGAGGAGCAUGGCGUAUCCAGUGGACUUCCACUACGACGGUUGUACCCCGUCGUCCUCGGCGAGCCCGUCCCCGGUGCCGUCCCCAGCCGAGGUGCGCCAGGUCCCCGCCCAGGAGAAGGUGGUGCCCCACCCCACAGCCGGCCGUCAGCCGUACAUCGGUACUGUGGGGAACAUGGCUGAUGACUCCUGCCUCAGACAUAACGGCUACAAUACACAGCCGUACAACCAGAGUCAGAGUGCACCUUCCCCCGCUGCGCCGUCCUCAGCUGAAAGCAGCGGAACGCAACCCUCACCUGAAGGGAAAGCAUCAGCACCAUCGCCCGGCACGCCCGAACAGACUCCCGACAACUGGAUAGUCGUGCAGGGGGACCCGCUCAUGUACUCAGCGGCGUACUCAGUACAUGAGCCCGCCUACGGCUUCAACCAGGGGCACUUCUAUAACCCCGGAGCGCAGCUAACCAUGUACUAACCAAGUAGCAUGUAGACUUGUCUUGUAUAUAACUGUAGUAAGUAGUGUAGCUGUAGUAUUAGUAGCUCACCAUAACAUAGAUGUGAUGUAAAUAUAACCUUUGUUAAAUGUAUUUGUGUACAGGAAGGUCCUUUUUUGUUAUCGUCAUUCAAGAUGGCUAAAGAAUGGACGAAUGACAAGGACCGAAUUUUCGCCUAAGUUGUCGCCGCGACCUCAGUGAGAUAUUCUACCGUUUUGAGAACAUGCCUGAGCGAUUUGUGAAUGAAUAGAUUGUAGUACAGACUUAUAGCUAACUCCCGAAACUGUGCCUAAAAGUCUAAAACCACUAAUGCUAUUCACAAUAUGAACUAAACUAUGACCAUUCGCUAGGCACUCUGAAUUGGUAGAAUAUCGUCUGUAUGGUCGCCAUUUUGUAAUGAGGUUUGCACUUACAGCACAGCUUCGAAUGGGGAUUUUGCAUAAGGAACAAACCUUGUCAUGUUGGGGAAAAACAAGGGCAAAUUCCCAGAAGGCUAAAAUUAUGACUAUGCCUAUGACCCCGAAGUGCUAUGCCGAUAGAGGCAAAAAGAAGUGCCAUUCAUUUUGUGCAAACUUAAAGGCGAACUGGCGAAACCUGUUUUUGUAGAAAAGUGUAAAAAUGUACAAAACAGAGGUGGCUUUACUUUAUUUUUCUAUACCAUGUCAGACAUGUCACGUAC